UUCGGCACUAAGUCAUUAUUUUUUUUAUUGAUUGAGUACUUGGCGCUUUUUCCCUAGAUUCGCAUCACUGAUUUCUUGUUAUACCAGCAGUUGGUUUUCCCAAGAAUUGAUUUAAUAUUGCUCAAUUAGGUCUUCAAAUCUGGCCUCCAAAAGCCACUAGUUUCCUUUGUGGGCAAUUCAGUCAUAGUUGAAAGCAGGAUGCAGUUGCACGACCAUAUGAAGUAUAUAGACUUGGGUUGCUGGAUGGCAUGCAUACCAAGAUAUCAAUGGAAAGGACGCCCUACUGAAAGACAGUUGUACGCUUCGGAGCAAAGGAUAGUGUUCCUUCUUGGAUCCAUUUGCCAGAUAUACCAGAUUGCUGGAGUGCUUAUCUAUUGGUAUUGCAAGGGACGGCUUGCCACGGACACGGGCACCUUUGUGGCACAAUUAUCUGAAAUGUGCAGUUCUUUUUGUCUAACAUUUGUGGGAUUCUGCAACGUAUAUGCGAUCUCUAUAAACCGCAAUCAAAUUGAAACAUUACUCGAGGAGCUUCAUCAGAUAUAUCCGAUAUGCACGAACAAUCACUAUCGAUGCCAGCAUUACUUUGACAUGGCCAUGAGAAUAAUGCGAAUUGAGUUCCUUUUCUAUAUGAUCUUUUACGUUUACUACAAUAGUGUACCAGUAUUGUUGCUUCUUUGGGAACACUUGCACGAGGGAUAUGAUCUUAGCUUCAAGACGCAGACCAACACUUGGUUUCCCUGGAAAGUCCAUGGGUCGGCACUUGGAUUUGGUAUGGCUGUACUAAGCAUAACCGUGGGCUCCUUUGUGGGCGUGGGCUUCAGCAUAGUCACCCAGAAUCUUGUCUGCUUGUUAUCCUUCCAACUAAAGUUGCACUACGAUGGAAUAUCUAGUCAGUUGGUAUUACUUGACUGCCGUCGGCCUGGAGCUCAUAAGAAGUUAAGGAUUCUCAUCGCCUACCACUGCCGCAUCCUUCAGCUGGGCGACCAAGUCAAUGACAUAUUGAACUUUGUAUUCGGCUCCAGCCUAGUGGGUGCUACUAUUGCCAUUUGUAUGUCAAGUGUUUCUAUACUGCUACUGGACUUUGCAUCUGCCUUCAAGUAUGUCAGUAGUCUAGUGGCAUUCGUCCUCUACAACUUUGUCAUCUGCUACAUGGGAACCGAGGUCACUUUAGCUGCUAGCUUAUAAAGGUCGGUAAUAUGGCGCAAUUGCGACAGUCACGGUUUAGAGCAGGAUGGAAUUUGAAG